AUGGCGGAGGGUCCGGGAGACGAACUUCUGCAGACCCAAACAGCAAAAAACAGCCCGACAGCCGCAGAGUUGACUGACCCAGGAGGGUCUACACGUGAGGGAAAUGGCUACAUGCCAAUGGCUUCGAUCGUAAACAAUGGCUAUACGCCAAUGGCUUCUCUCGUAGACACUGGCUACACUCCUAUGUCACCUAUCGUAGACAACGGCUAUACUCCGAUGGCUUCCCUCCAAAAGGCUUCUGAGGUGCCACCGCCUCUUCCCCCGAAAAAGAACCGUCGUCGUCAGGGAGGACCGUCUCUUCCCUCCGGAGACACUCCGAGAGAACCGCCGCGUCUCUCUGGAGAAACUUCGGGGGGUCCGCCGCGUCCUUCCGGAGAAACUCCGUCGCGAUUUCUCCUCCCCAAACGGAGAAACGCCAAGAGGGCCGGUGUCUACUGGAUGCGGGAGGAAGACAUCGUCAACCUGCCGCUGAACCCGAUGUACAACGCGGAUCUAGAUCUGCCAGGACCCGACGGAAGUGACCAUGGCCAACAAACAACUCCGAAAGAGGUCGGUGGGCCAUCCCAAGCUGGAGGUCCGGAUGAUGGGAGGAGGCAAGGGGACCAGGCGGCGUCUGGUCCAGCCACACACGUGUAUGAAGAUGGAGACGCGUUCGGGAUGCGUCUCGGACCACCUCUGAAGGGAGAUCCUCGCAGCGCCCCACCUGUCCCCUCCACCCCGAGGCCAGGACGAACCACCGAUGGGGCCCAACCUGUGGCGGCCGCCACACACGUGUAUGAGGAUGGAGAAUCGUUCGGGAUGCGUCUCGGGCCAGCUCUGAACCGAGACGCGCCUGCUGUCCCCUCCACCCCGAGGCCAGGAAGACCGACCGGCGGGACCAAACAAGUGCCGGGCGGGCCAAAUCCGCUAUCAAACCCGCAGGACGUCAUCAACCAGCUGCGACCAAACCCGAUGUACAACUCCAACCAGGCCCCACAAGCUCCAGGCUCAGCCAAAGAAAGUAGCACCAUUUGUGGACGGCUACGUCGUCGCCUGUCACGACGACCACUGCUGUACACUGUCAUGUCUCUGUCACUGACGUUCGUUACCACGGUUUCAUUGGCGAUCGUGGUACCUGUACUCCUGACGCACUUCAACCGCCAUCCUGGGAUCCAUGGCUCUCCGGCUACAACCAUAGCAGGACCCAAAACUACUGACAGUGCUGCCUGGCAAAGUUCUGCUGUACUGAUAGGGACUGACAAGGUGACAUCUGCUGACGUCAUCAAGGUGAUUCCAGUCCAUGGGCGUGGUCCCUCCUUGGCCCCUUUGCAGCCGACUACAAUCACGGCAGAACCCAAAACUACAGACAGCGGUGCCUGGAAAUGUUCUGCUGUACUGAUGGGGACUGGCAAGGUGACAUCUGCUGACGUCAUCAAGGUGAGUCCGGUCCAUGGGCGUGGUCCCUCACCCGGCAUCACUGCGGAGAUGGAAGCAGCAGGACCUGCACCAAUCAACUUGCCGGGUUCCACGGGCACUGGAGGUUCGGGAUAA